GACUCAACCCCAUCUCUUCUCUCUCUCUCUCUCUCUUUCACUUCCAUCUCCAACACUCGAAGAAGCAAGAACAAGAAAACGAAGAACAUGUCUCCAUAAAAAAACUCAAUCGAAACAAGAACAUGGCUCUACACCCACAUGAACACACAACCCAACGCCACCACAACACUCUCUUCUUCCUCCACUGCACACACCAACAGCACCAACAACAACAACAACACCUGCAAACAGAGGACCCCAUUUUCCACGACAAUGGCGGCACCCACUUUCUGGAACAGACGACCCAUUUCGUUGCUUGCGAAGAUGAAGAGCUUGGUUAUCUGUUAGCCAAAGAACGAGAUCAGAAUCUCGUUUUGGAGCGCUUAAUUGAAAGAGACGCAGCUCUGUCUCUGGCUAGAACAGAGGCCAUCGAGUGGUUGCUUAAAGUUAAUACCUUUUAUGGCUUCUCCUCUGUCACCGCUCUCUUAGCCAUUAAUUACCUCGAUCGAAUCCUCUCUGGUCCUCAUUUUCAAAGAGACAAGCCAUGGUUGCUUCAGCUUCUUGCAGUAACUUGCAUCUCUUUAGCAGCCAAAGUCGAAGAAAUUCGUGUUCCUCUUCUUCUUGAUCUCCAGGUGGAAGAUUCAAAGUUCAUAUUUGAGCCAAAAACGAUACAAAGAAUGGAGCUUUUGGUGCUGAGUGGUCUGAAAUGGAAGAUGCAUCCAGUGACCCCUGUUUCGUUUCUUGGCAUUGUAACGAAGCGGCUUGGGUUGAAGAAUCAGUGCAUUGAGAGGGAGUUUUUCCGGCGCUGUGAGCGUAUUCUUCUCUCUCUCGUCUCUGAUUCGAGAUCAGUGGGGUUUCUUCCUUCUGUGAUGGCUGUAUCGGCAAUGGUGAGCGUUGUUGAAGAGAUGGGUGACUGUAACUGUUACUGUAACCCAUUGGACUUUCAGGAUCGCCUUCUUAAUGCCCUCAAAAUAACCAAGGAAAGAUCGAGGAAAUGCUGCAACGUGAUAAGGGAGAUAACGAAACGGGAAACGAAAGCGAACCGAUCAGGAAAGAAGAGGAAGCAGAACGAGGAGGACGAGGGAGAGGAAGAAGAAGACGACGACGAAGAGAGAUCAAGAACAUCAUUAGAAACCGAAACAGAAUCAGAAUCAGAAGGAGGAGGAAGCCCAAAUGGAGUAAUGGAAGGCAAUUUCAGCUGUGAAAGCUCCGAUGAUUCGUGGGGCAUAGAAGAAGUCACAAGGUGUUGUUGUUCCAAAAGAACUAAAAGCAGUGAAGAAUCAUGAAUUAUGCAUAUUUUGAAUGGGAAAGACAAAGGAAUUAGCCAUGUUUUUGGUUGAUAUGUAUGUAGAGAGAUUAAUGAAUGAAUGAAUGAAUGAAGUUGGUGAGUGAUAUUAAUUAGAGUGGAAAGGGGAAGGCCACACAUUGUCCCACCACAGAUUUGGGAGUGUAUUUGUGUUUUUCGUCUGCAUGUGGGAACAGGGCCACUCUGUCGGCCAUAUUCAUUAUGUUCCAACAUUAAUAUCAUCUUCACCAACCCUUUCUUCUUCCUC